AUGUCUGCUUCUGAAUCUUACUCAGACGACAAUUCGACAUCAUAUGACUCAGAUUCGGAUGUAGUUGAGGACUAUGAGCUCGAAGUGGAAGAAUUUGACUCGCCUUCAGAGCAAGACGAAGGGCUGUCAACCUCGCCGUCAACUCAAGGCCAAGCAGACAUGCCAGACAACCCUAUCAAUAGCGUUGGGGCAGUGGCUGUUGCAUACGAGAAUGAGCCUAUAGCGGAUGAUGAUUGGGUCGAGAAGUACGAAGAAGAAAGAGAGACUGAUAGGAUUCGAUUUGAAACCCUCGAGGAACGUUUAAACGGGACAAUUCCAACAAGUGACUGGUGCAAGUGUAACAACUGUGACACAAGUUUGCUGCAGAAUGUGUAUGAGGCUCAGUGUUGCCAGGAAAUAGACAGAUGCACCAAGGCACUGUGUUCAGAUGAAGUGCUCCAAGAUGUCGAAACACCACCUACUUGUGUGUUACAUCACCCAGGAUUUCGAAUUAAUUGCCUGGAGAAAUGGUCCUUAAGAAUGGCUGCACCAAAAUACAAAACUAAAAGUCGUAGAAGAUAUCGCCAACAAGGAUCAGAAGAAACAUACUUGCAGUCAAUAGCAUACAGAGAAUUUUCUCAGCUUGUUUAUGGAAUACUGGGUCGACUGCGAAUACCCUUACCAGCUUGUGCAUAUAAUGCAAUUCGCAAAAUUUCCAACACAUGA